CUAUCCGCCGGACGGGGUUUAUGUAAAUGGAUGAUUCUGUAUAAAAAUGUCGAGAUACCGCAGCACUUUGAUUGUUGCAAUUGGACAUCAGACAAGAUGGAGAAGCACGUACCAGUAAUCCUUGCUGCCUCUUUGUGCCUGUGUUUAGUGUACACUGCUGUCGUCCCAGCAAAGACGCCCCCUAUGUGCCUCAUGAAUUGUUUGUCAGAAUGGCUGCCUUGUGAACACGAGUGCCGAGUGGACUAUCCGAACAACCCAACAGAAAUGAAGGCCUGUGCUGUCGAAUGUGAGGCGGAGAGGGUUGAAUGCAUGACGGUGUCCGUUGACCCUGUCUGUAAUAAUAACACUGCCAAUAACCAGCUUCACGUGCCAUUUAAAACAAUUUUUUGAUGAUGUAGCUUAGUAUUGCUGGUGGCUAAUCUUUUUGGCUCGGUGAUAUUGUUAUUAGCGUCCAUUUAUUAUGUAGUUGUUAGUCAAAGAUAAAACUCUGUGUAUUCAUAAUGUAUUAAAAUCGUUGUUGUUUGAUUAUGGCAUUGCCAAAAAAAUAAAAAAAUAACAAAAUAG